AUGGUGAAAGGGGUUUGGGCAUAGGGCGGGUACUGGUACCUCGCCACCCGCCACGAGGAAUACGCCUCUUCGGAGGAUGCCCAGGAGGAGUACACCUGGCUAAUCCCGUACGCCCUGCCCGUCGCCGAGAGACUCAAAACCGAGGCUCUCGGAAGAACACUGCUCCACGGCGACGUUAAGGGUGAGAAUAUACUAUUUUCCAAAGCCUCCUCCCAGGGCGGCGCCCAGAAGGAAGAGAAAUGUGCCCUAUAUGAUUUCCAAUACGUAGGCUCCGGCCUGGGCGUUGUGGAUUUGGUAUAUUUUCUUGGGACGACGAUGGACGAGAGGGAUUUGAGGGGAAAUGAGAAUGAAGAGGCGCUGCUAAGGGUUUACUUUGAGGAGGUGGAGAGAGUGCUUCGGGAGAGGGGGGUCGGGAUGGGGGGGUAUACAUGGGAGGUUUUAAUGCAGCAAUGGGAGUGGGCGGUGGUGGAUUGGAUGAGGUUUAUGGCGGGGUGGGGAUGUUGGGGGAAUUCGGGGUGGGUUGA